AUGCUGGAAUUUCAGCCAUCCUAUCGCAUCGCAUCGUUCAGCAACAAACCAUGGCUAGAGGCAGAAAUUCUAGAUGUAACGACCCACGAAGCGGUGGCAGAUACUACCAGCGAGAUCGUGCAGGUAUGGAUCUCGUUUAUGCCAACGACCACCGCAGAGCACAACCGUCCAGUGAACCCGGUACUACAAUUGGAGCAAAUGCCAGCAUUCGUGGUCUUGGCCAUCAUUUUUAUGGUUCCGAACAUUUUCAUGGCACCCAUCGACGCUCGUCAUACAUCCCGCCCCACGAGCGGAGAAGACAGCCACCAAAUCCUUUCCCACCUAGCCCACCACAUCUGUCUCACUGUGGAAAGGCUUCUGGCAGGUUUGUUACGUCUGAUGCCCAACGAAGAUGAGAUGGAUUUCGGAGCGGCUAACACGACCUAUUUCAUGCCUUUCAAGCCACGCGCAAUCACGCAAGAUGAGGCAGACAAGAAGGUCGAGGGCUGUAAGAACAUCGGCUCCGGGACUACCAGCGUCGACGCGGCCAAAUUUGCCGGAAUUUACAUGCUUGCCCCGAAGCUGGAUUUUGAAGAUCUGAGUGGCUUUCUCCUAGACUAG